CUCCCCCUGGGUGGCUCUGCCUCGUCGCAGAUCACCGUGUCUUUCACGGCCUUUCUUCUCUGUUGUCUCGCCCUCUCCCCUUCACACCAUUUAUUCCGGUCACUCCUUUCUUUGACUGCCAAGACCGAGAUCCAUCAAGACCACAACGAUCAUGGCUGGCCGACUUCUCCUCUGCCUCACCGCCGCCCUCAGUGCGCUGGGUGUGUCGGCGGCCCCGGCGCCCGACGCCUCGGGGCGCCCCUUCAUCGGUGUGCCCGUCUCAAACCCCGGCAUUGCCAACGCCAUCCCGAACAGGUACAUUGUGGUCUACAACAACACUUUCAACGACGAGGACAUCGACCUGCACCAGAGCAACGUCAUCAAGACGAUAGCCAAGCGGAACAUCGCUAAGCGGUCGCUCACUGGGAAGCUCCUCUCCACCACCGUCAACACGUACAAGAUCAACAACUGGCGCGCCAUGGCCCUCGAGGCCGACGACGCCACCAUCAACGAGAUCUUCGCGGCCAAGGAGGUCAGUUACAUUGAGCAAGAUGCCGUCAUCAGCCUCAAUGUCCGGCAGAUGCAGUCCCAGGCCACCACCGGUUUGGCCCGCAUCAGCCAUGCCCAACCCGGCGCCAGGACAUACAUCUUUGACAGCAGCGCCGGCGAGGGCAUCACGGCCUACGUCGUCGACACGGGCAUUCGGGUCACCCACGAAGAGUUUGAGGGUCGUGCCACCUUCGCCGCCAACUUCAUCGACGAUGUGGACACGGACGAACAGGGUCACGGCAGCCACGUUGCCGGCACCAUCGGUGGCAAGACCUUUGGCGUUGCCAAGAAGGUCAAUCUGGUGGCCGUCAAGGUCCUGGGGGCUGACGGGUCCGGUUCAAACUCGGGUGUCAUCGCCGGGAUGCAGUUCGUCGCGAGCAACGCCACCGCCAUGGGACUGAAGGGGAGGGCCGUCAUGAACAUGUCCCUCGGCGGGCCGGCCAGCAGGGCUGUCAACUCGGCCAUCAACCAGGUCGAAGCGGCCGGCGUCGUCCCCGUCGUAGCGGCCGGCAACGAGUCGCAGGACACGGCCAACACGUCGCCCGGCUCGGCCGAGGCCGCCAUCACGGUCGGCGCCAUCGACCAGACCAAUGAUAGGAUGGCCAGCUUCUCCAACUUUGGCGAGCUCGUCGACAUCUUCGCCCCCGGCGUCAACGUGCAGAGCGUCGGCAUCAGGAGCGACACGUCCACCAACACCCUGAGCGGCACCAGCAUGGCCUCCCCCCACGUCGCCGGCCUGGCCGCCUACAUCAUGAGCCUCGAGAACAUCACAGGUGUCCAGGCGGUGAGCGACCGCCUCAAGGAGCUCGCUCAGGCCACCGGCGCGAGGGCGAGGGGCGUUCCGAGGGGCACCACCACCCUCAUCGCCAACAACGGCUUCGCGUAAAGAGGCGGGCGGGGUGGCCACAACGUCCACCUAAUCGGA